CAAAUAAUUAUUAAUAUAAGUAAUCCCGUGUAUUCCCCUCGACGCAGAGGCAGUUGGAGGCUUGGAGCUGGUCACAUAGAUCCCCUAAUCCUUCAACCGCUCAAAUUCCGUCUCUGCAAAUUCGUCUCAUUAUCUUGAAAUCGUUUAUUGUUGUUGUUUCUCGUGUGGAAAUUACUCGUUUCUCACCUUUCGUUGAUAUAUAUUCCGUCGAACAUUGGAAACUCUUCAUCGUUAAUCUCCGCACAUUCGUUGGAAAAUCCCUUUCUAUCAGUUGAGUCUGCAGAGAGGUUUGAUACGUUACCUGGAUUGAGGAUUCUUGCGAUGAUUUUAGUUUAUAUUGGAUUCGGAAGAGAGGUUUACGUUUUCCGUGUUGCAGAAGGUGGUUUCGGAACGGGAAACCGUAUCGUAGAAUGUUGAAUUUCGUUGGCUUUUGAUUCGAUCCUUAAUUCAAGGGUUUUCCGGCGGAAGUAGGGUUUGCUUUCGGAAUUGAGAGAGGAAUUUGCUCUUUGUUUCGGUUUUGGUUAUCGUUUAAUUGCUGAUAGGGAGGAUGAUUAUCAAACGGAAUUUGAAAUCCAAAAUGCCUACUCUCAAGCGGUGCAAAGUAGGAGAGCCUGGUUUUGAAGACGACGAGAGUCCAGGGGUUCCAAAGAAACGGAAGAUGAAUGGGUAUUGCCCGCUCGAUCUGCUUGGCGAGGUCGCCGCCGGCAGAAUUCCGUUAACUGGUUUUGGAUUUCGUCGAAGGUUUGGUGAUGACGGCGAGGAGUUUAGCAGUGUCGCAGCAUCGUGGUGCACUGAAGUCUCCUACUGCCCCGGUGACGUGGAAUCUGAACCAAGGAGACGAGAUGGUUGGGGAGUGAAGAAUCAUACUGCAGAGGUUUUCCGUCCACCACUAGUCAAAACGGCUAGAGGUCGCGUUCAGGUACUACCUUCUCGUUUCAACGACUCGGUUCUCGAUCCUUGGAAGAAGGAGAAGACCAAAACCAUUGCCCCUGAACGCAUCUUCACAACUGAGACACCAUUAUGCAAAAAGGAGAAAUUUAACUGUAAAAUUCCAAAAUUCGAAAACCGGAUCACCAAGAAACAACGCAAGGAGGAUAAAUUCACGUGGCAAAGCCCCAAACUUGCUCCAUUGUACAAGGAAGAAGAAGAAGAAGAAGAGGAGGACGGAGAAGAAGAAGAAGAAGAAGAAGAAGAAGAAGAAGAGGAAGAGGAAGACGAAGAAAUGGGAAAUUUGGGGUUCAAGAGUUUUGAUAUUAGGAAGUAUUCUAGCUCCCGUAGCUCUCUUACAUCUCUUCACGAGCCGCUGACCGAAGUUGAGAAGUCUCCACCCUGGAUAAAGGUAGAAGAGCCUAUCAGGAAUUUUGACGUGACAUGCAUAGGUAGGUCGUUAAAGGAGAACAAUGAGAAACGAAAGGGCAUCUACCGGCCGGAGGACUUUGUUCUGGGUGAUAUAGUUUGGGCAAAAUCGGGAAAGAGAUAUCCUGCAUGGCCUGCUAUAGUCAUUGAUCCGAUGUUGCAAGCUCCUGAAAGAGUCUUGAAUUCCUGUGUUGCCGGAGCAAUUUGUGUAAUGUUCUUCGGAUUCUCUGGAAAUGGAAUAGAAAGGGACUAUGCGUGGGUAAAGCAUGGGAUGAUUUUUCCAUUUGUAGAUUAUCUGGACAGAUUUCAGGGGCAGACUCAGUUGCACAAGAGCAAGCCCAGUGAUUUUCGGAUGGCUAUAGAGGAGGCAUUUUUGGCAGAACAUGGUUUUAUGGAGGUGUUGACAGAAGAGGCAAGCACAGUGGCUACGCAGUCAGCUUACCAACAGUCUAUUCCCAGAGGUGCUCAAGAGGCCACUGAUUCAAAUCAGGAUCAGGAAUGUAACUCUCAGAACAAGGAUGUGCUUGAGAAAAAGAGAGGCGCACGACUGUGUGAUGGUUGUGGUUUGAGCCUACUGAAAACUAUGAAGAAAAAGAAGAGUUCAGAUCUUAAAUCCCAGUUUUUAUGCAAACAUUGUACUACGUUGCUAAAAUCAAAACAAUAUUGUGGCAUAUGCAAGAAGAUUUGGCAUCACUCUGAUGGUGGGAGUUGGGUUCGCUGUGAUGGAUGUAAAGUUUGGGUUCACGCAGAAUGUGACAAAAUUUCCAGCAAUCUUUUCAAGGAUCUUGAAGACACUGACUAUUAUUGUCCCGAUUGCAAAGCAAAGUUUAACUUUGAAUUAUCAGAUUCAGAAAUAUGGGAGACAAAACAAAGAUCUAACAAAAACACUGGGCAAUUACUCCUUCCGGACAAGAUAACUGUUGUGUGCAGUGGCAUCGAAGGGACAUAUAUUCCAAGUCUUCAUUUAGUUGUGUGUCGGUGUGGUUCAUGUGGAACAGAGAAGCGAUCGCUUAGUGAUUGGGAACGGCAUACAGGUUCCAAAAAGAAAAACUGGAAGACCAGUGUUAAAGUGAAAGGUCCAAUGCUACCACUGGAACAAUGGAUGCUGCAAAUUGGAGAGUAUCACGCACAUGGUCUCGUUUCUGUUGCUCCGCUUAAACGGCCUUCUAUGAAGGUCCGGAAGCAGAAGUUGCUUGAUUUCUUGCAAGAAAAUUACGAACCUGUACAAGCCAAGUGGACGACAGAACGGUGUGCUAUUUGUAGAUGGGUCGAGGAUUGGGAUUACAAUAAAAUUAUAAUCUGCAACAGAUGUCAAAUAGCAGUCCACCAAGAGUGCUACGGAGCAAGAAAUGUUCGUGAUUUCACUUCAUGGGUUUGUAGAGCAUGUGAAACACCUGAUGUAAAACGCGAGUGUUGCCUUUGUCCUGUGAAAGGGGGUGCUCUAAAGCCGUCUGAUGUUGAUGAUCUGUGGGUUCAUGUGACAUGUGCGUGGUUUCAACCUGAAGUUUCUUUCUCAAGUGACGAGAAGAUGGAGCCUGCUGUUGGAAUCUUGAGUAUUCCAUCACAUUCUUUUGUGAAGGUUUGUGUGAUCUGUAAGCAAAUGCAUGGUUCCUGCACACAGUGUUGCAAGUGUUCCACAUAUUAUCAUGCAAUGUGCGCAUCCAGAGCAGGGUAUCGCAUGGAGUUGCACUGUUUGGAGAAAAAUGGGAGACAGGUCACAAAAAUGGUCUCAUAUUGUGCUUAUCACAGGGCUCCAAAUCCAGAUACUGUUUUAAUUAUACAGACACCAAUAGGGGUCUUCUCUGCCAAAAGCUUGCUUCAAAAUAAGAAGCGGACUGGUUCAAGGCUAAUUUCAUCCAACAGGACAGAAGUUCUAGAGGAUUCAGCCUCGGAGAUGGAUCAAUUUGAGCCAUCAUCUGCUGCAAGGUGCCGGAUCUUUAAAAGAUCAAAACAUAAGAGGACUGGAGAAGAGGCAAUAGCACUACAAGUAAAGGGGCCAUGUCAUCAUCCGUUAGACACCAUAGAAUGCUUGAAUACGUUUAGGGAAGAGAAGGAUCCCAAAUCUUUUUCAACAUUUAAGGAACGGCUUCAACACUUACAGAGAACCGAAAAUGAGAGAGUUUGCUUUGGUAGAUCCGGCAUACAUGGAUGGGGUCUCUUUGCUCGUCGAAAUAUUCAAGAGGGAGAAAUGGUUCUUGAGUAUCGUGGUGAACAGGUGAGACGCAGUGUUGCAGAUCUAAGGGAAGCACGCUACCGGUUGGAAGGCAAAGACUGCUAUCUAUUUAAGAUCAGUGAAGAAGUAGUGGUUGAUGCCACAGAUAAAGGGAACAUAGCACGCUUAAUAAACCAUUCUUGCAUGCCCAACUGCUAUGCAAGGAUUAUGAGCGUCGGUGAUGAUGAGAGCCGGAUUGUGCUAAUUGCAAAGACAAAUGUUUCUUCCGGCGAUGAGCUAACUUACGAUUACUUGUUCGAUCCUGAUGAAUGUGAUGAGUUCAAGGUUCCCUGCCUCUGUAAAGCACCCAACUGUCGGAAAUUCAUGAAUUAGCUUACAUACUUGCCAUUGUUUCUCCAAAUGGAGCACUGACCCCCACCCCUCCCUUUUGCAAGAUCUGAGUUUUAUUUGCCUGAGUAUUUAUUUUCUUUUCCAUUUCUUUGAUAAAUCUUUUAAGCUUAAUAAAAGCUCAAAAUUUCUUCUUUUUUUUU